AGCCCCUAAAAAAUGAGUAGAGUAGAGACUCUAAACAGUCCCUGGCUCCCAAAUCCCAAUCGAACCCGGCUGAAGAUGCUCUAACCCGGCUCCCAAAUCCCAAUCGAACCCGCCCGCCUCCCAUCUCCCCAAACCCUCGUCCUCCUCAAGCUCACGAACCUCGCCGCCGCCGCCGCCGCCGCCGGCAGCCCCCGCUCGACCGGGCGCCAUGGCUCGUAACGAGGAGAAGGCGCAGUCCAUGCUGAAUCGCUUCAUCACGAUGAAGCAGGACGAGAAGCGCAAGCCCCGCGAGCGCCGGCCCUACCUCGCCUCCGAGUGCCGGGACCUCGCCGAUGCCGACCGCUGGCGCGCGGAGAUCCUGCGCGAGAUCGGCGUCAAGGUCACCGAGAUCCAGAACGAGGGCCUCGGCGAGCACCGCCUCCGGGACCUCAACGACGAGAUCAACAAGCUCCUCCGCGAGCGCGGCCACUGGGAGCGCCGAAUCCUCGAGCUCGGCGGUCGCGACUACGCUCGCAGCUCCAACGCCCCGCUCAUGACCGACCUCGACGGCAACAUCGUCGCUAUCCCCAACCCCUCCGGCCGUGGCCCGGGCUACCGCUACUUUGGUGCUGCCAAGAAGCUACCCGGCGUCCGUGAGCUAUUCGACAAGCCACCUGAGGUCCGCAAGCGUCGUACCCGAUACGAGAUCCACAAGCGCAUUAAUGCUGGGUACUAUGGGUACUAUGACGACGAGGAUGGCGUGCUAGAGCCCCUUGAGGCUGCUGCGGAGAAGCGAAUGCGGGAUGAAGUUGUCACAGAAUGGCACCGCGUGGAGCGUGUGCGUCGGGAGGCCAUGAAGGGUGUGGUGAGUGGCGAAGUGGCUGCAGCAGGUGGGCGUGGUGGAGAGGCAGCUAGGGAAGUGCUGUUCGAGGAGGUGGAGGAGGAGGUUGAGGAGGAGAGGAGGCAGGAGGAGGAGAAGAGGGAAAGAGAGAAGGGAGAAGAGGCUGGGAGAGAGUUUGUUGCACAUGUGCCGCUCCCUGAUGAGAAGGAGAUUGAGCGAAUGGUGCUAGAGAAGAAGAAGAAGGAGCUGCUAAGCAAGUACACCAGUGACACCCUGCAGGACGAACAGAAGGAGGCCAAGGAGAUGCUCAAUGUGCAACGCUAGGAAAAGGAGGUUUUACAUUGUUGAAUCCUCCGGGCUGGCACUCGACAGCACUGCAAUGCAAAGGAGGAACAAUAUAUGCAGCGCAAGCAGGGCAAGCUAGGAGAUUUGAUGUAAAAAAGGAUCAAAGGGCUUCCCUGUGUUGUAUUCUUUGAUGUACUUCCUAGCCUUGAAUGAGUGAUGACAAGUCGGUGAAGGCUAAAACCUUAGUGUCACACUGGUGAUGCACCGUGCAUGCUGUACUGUAUCCACUAUCACUUGUCAUCUACAGCAAAAUUGAUUUCGAAAGAUAGUUAUAACAGAUAAUCCGGUAGUUAAGCACUAUGGCCCAUCAA